UCGAAAGAGAAUAAGGAACUGCGUGGAAGAGCGUGUUUUACAGUUUGAUUGCUCGUCGAGGCAGGUUCGUUUCGCGCGCUUGUGAAAUCGCUUGUGCCGUUUAAGCGUCGUCGUCAGAAUGUGAAGCCUACAAAAAAAAUAAAAGAAAUCAGAGUGCAAAGAAGAAAUAUAAGUUGAAAACAAAACACCCAAAAACCCAUCGACGUGUUCGUUCGGACGGGAGCCGUCGCGCGUUUUCUUUCGGAAUAAGAAAAGCCGCGGGAGUCGGAACACGCGCGCGUGUGUGAGUGCGAGUGGGUGCCCGUAUGUUAAUGAAAUAAAUAAAUAUUGGAGCUGAAUAAUUAGCCAGAUAUGAUACACAUAUGAUGUAUAUAUAAUCGAGUGAUUACCACUAACAAGUGCGCUACAGAACAGGAAACGGCAUAGGGAAUCGGGAGUGCGGCGUAUGAGUCCCCUUAAUAAAAUACUUGGUGCCCGAUCCAUGCGUGUAUAUGUGUGAGUGCUAAAACUGGUUAAUGGCAGGGCUGCUGAAAUUCCCCCACUAAGCCAGCCAGCUAGGCCCAGAGCCCCACAAAGGUGCCUGCCCCAAAAAAUAGAGCCAUACUGCCACAAAAGUUACGUGAAAAUCCCAAUCUAACCGCCAACAACAAACAGAGAAUCUGUUGAUUCCCCCUGCAACCACAUUGGAUCCCAGUCGCCACAUAUAAUGUCCUCAAAAUGUGCUUUCAACAUUGCAUUCGUGUCGAUAAUUUUCAUCAUCAUCGUAAAUGGUUACGCAAAAGAUAUUUCUGGAGUUAAAAGAGGUCAUGAACGACUUAACGAAUACAUAUCCCACUACGAAACACUCGACUAUGAUCACGAGCACAUCCGAGCUAGUCACAACAGGGCGCGACGAUCCGUGACCAAAGAUCAUUUUGUACAUUUAAAGUUUGCAUCACAUGGAAGAGACUUCCAUCUUAGAUUAAAACGUGAUUUAAAUACAUUUAGCGAUAAGUUAGACUUUUAUGAUAGCAACGGCCCCAUUGAUGUCUCCACGGAUCAUAUCUAUGCGGGCGAAGUGAUAGGGGAACGUAAUAGUUUUGUAUUUGGAUCCAUACACAAUGGGGUAUUCGAGGGUAAAAUUAUAACGGAACGUGAUGCCUAUUAUGUUGAACAUGCCAAACAUUAUUUUCCCACAAAUCGCACUGCGAUUUCAUCCACAACGGAGUCGUUCACAGCCGCUCCAAGGAGCAGGAGCACCAUUGGAGCACGGCCUUUGGGCUCUCGCAACUCCAACAAAUACACAAAUAACUACAACAGAACUGCCGUUGAUAAUAAGACAGAAAACUUCAUAAAGAAAAUUGCUGAAUCUACAACGACGUCGACAUCGACAGCGACUGCGACGGCGACGGCGACAACGACGACAGUGCUCCCUUCACCCUCUGGGCUGUCUGAGGAGUCGACAACAACAGCCAGAACAACAUUCCCACCCACCACAACAACGGAACACGUCGAGGAGCAGCAGCAAGAGCAGCAGCAGGAGCAGCAGGAUAAUGCUGAGGACGAACUUGAUUUUCACUCCAUUAUCUACAAGGAGUCACAUGUUGAGGAUGCCUACGAAAAUGUGCGCGAAGGUCACGUGGGCGGCUGCGGCAUCACGGAUGAGGUCUCACAAUGGAUGGAGAAUAUACAGAAUUCAGCUGUCGAAGAGCUGCCGGAGCCCAUGUCAAAGGACUACCAAAAGCUCCACCGGAAGCAGCUGCACAAAAAGUCCGCUCCACAGCAGCAGCAGCAACAGCAUCCACCGAAGAAAUACAUGAGCGGCGAGGACGAUUUCAAAUUCCCCCACCAGAAGUACUCGAAGGAGGCCAACUUUGCCGACGGUGCAUUCUACGAUCCGUCCACUGGACGCCGCCUGGGCUCAUCCGCCAAUGUGGGCGACUGGCACGAGUUUGUCCACGAGCGGGUGCGUCGGGCCAGCGACGGCGGGUCCGGCUCUUCCGGCGGCUCGGGACCGGCCAGAGGUCGCGAGGACAACAAGAAUACCUGCUCGCUCUACAUACAAACGGAUCCAUUGAUUUGGCGCCACAUACGCGAGGGUAUCGCCGACCAUGAUCGCGGUCGAAAGUAUGAGGUGGAUGUGAAAACGCGCGAGGAAAUCACAUCGCUGAUUGCACAUCAUGUGACGGCCGUUAAUUACAUUUACCGCAACACAAAGUUCGACGGACGGACCGAGCAUCGGAACAUACGCUUUGAGGUUCAACGCAUCAAAAUCGAUGAUGAUUCUGCCUGUCGCAACUCCUACAAUGGGCCCCACAAUGCCUUCUGCAACGAGCACAUGGAUGUGUCGAACUUUUUGAAUCUACAUUCGCUGGAGGAUCACUCGGACUUCUGCCUGGCCUAUGUGUUCACCUACAGAGACUUCACUGGCGGCACUUUGGGCCUGGCGUGGGUGGCCAGCGCCUCAGGAGCCUCUGGCGGCAUCUGCGAGAAGUACAAGACCUACACGGAGACGGUGGGAGGACAGUACCAGAGCACCAAGCGAUCCCUGAACACGGGCAUCAUCACGUUCGUCAACUACAACAGCCGGGUGCCGCCCAAAGUAUCCCAACUGACGUUGGCCCACGAGAUUGGGCAUAAUUUUGGAUCACCUCACGACUACCCGCAGGAGUGCCGGCCCGGCGGUCUCAAUGGCAACUUCAUCAUGUUCGCCAGCGCCACCUCUGGGGACCGGCCGAACAACUCCAAGUUCUCGCCCUGCUCGAUUCGGAAUAUAUCCAAUGUGCUGGAUGUACUGGUGGGCAACACGAAGCGGGACUGCUUCAAGGCCUCGGAGGGCGCCUUCUGCGGCAACAAGAUCGUGGAGUCGGGCGAGGAGUGCGACUGCGGCUUCAACGAGGAGGAGUGCAAGGACAAGUGCUGCUAUCCGCGUCUGAUCAGCGAGUACGACCAGUCGCUCAACUCCAGUGCCAAGGGCUGCACCCGUCGCGCCAAGACGGAGUGCUCGCCCUCGCAGGGUCCCUGCUGUCUGGCCAACUCCUGCACCUUCGUGCCGACGCGGUACCACCAGAAGUGCAAGGAGGAGACCGAGUGCAGCUGGUCGAGCACCUGCAACGGGACGACGGCCGAGUGUCCAGAGCCCCGGCACCGGGAUGACAAGACCAUGUGCAACAAUGGCACCGCCCUGUGCAUCCGAGGGGAGUGCAGUGGCUCGCCCUGCCUGCUCUGGAACAUGACCAAGUGCUUCCUCACCUCGUUCACGACGCCGCACGCGGACAAGCGAAAGCUGUGCGACCUGGCCUGCCAGGACGGCAACGACACCUCCACCUGCCGCAGCACCAGCGAGUUUGCCGAGAAGUACAACAUCCAGAAGGGCGGAAUCAGCCUCCAGCCCGGCUCGCCCUGCGACAACUUCCAGGGCUACUGCGAUGUCUUUCUCAAGUGCCGCGCCGUCGAUGCGGACGGCCCGUUGGUGCGGCUGAAGAAUCUCCUGCUGAAUCGCGAGACCCUCCAGACGGUGGCCGAAUGGGUCACCGAGAACUGGUACUUGGUGGUGCUAAUGGGCGUGGCCUUCAUUGUGGUCAUGGGCGCGUUCAUCAAGUGCUGUGCCGUGCACACGCCCAGCUCCAAUCCUAAGAAACGGCGGGCUCGUCGCAUCAGUGAAACACUGAGGGCCCCCAUGAACACGCUGCGAAGAAUGCAACGGCAUCAGCAUCAGCGUGGAGCCGGACCACGCAGCAUCCCACCGCCGGCCCACGAGGCCCAGCACUAUCCCAGAGGAGGUGAUGGGCGCGGCGGAGGCGGUGGUGGUCGCCACGGAGGCUCGCGAUCGCAUCACCAGGCGCAUCCGCAUGACUGGGAUCGCCAUCAGGGCGGUCAUUCCAUAGUGCCGCUGCCCACAGGCGGUGGUCAUGUCAGUCGCAGCUCCGCCGCGAAUCAGGCGAGACGCAGCGAUGGACGCGGCACCCGCUCCACGAGCAGCGGACGGCCGCUGGGCCCCGUCGCAGGAGCAGCAGCAGCAGCAGCGGUUGGCGGAGCCGGAGGCAGCCGGGCACAUGGCGGGUAUGGAGCUGAGCAGGCGAUACCGGGUUCCAUCGGUGGUGGUGUGCAGGCGGCCAUUAGCAGCGGCGGUGUGGUGGCGCGGGCCCAGCUGCCGCUGCCAUUGCCGCCGGCCAAUGCACUGCAGCAGCAGCAACAACAACAACAACAGCAAGCACUCUCACCGCAACAGCCACAGCCAGCGUUCUAUGCGCCGAAAGCCGUCGCCCCGCCACUGCUACAAGUAAGCUUUAGUCGGCCGACAUCGCUGCACGAACAGCAGCAGCAGCAACAUCAGCAGCAACAUCAGCAGCAGCAGCAGCAGCAGCUGGAGCAGGAGCAGCAACUGGAGACACAGCAGCAGCAACAGGCGUAUGCCGAUGCCUAUACGGCCUUGGGACGUGGUCAGUACGAGUCGACGGCACGGACGCCCAACAACAGCAAAGUUUGACAGCCAAAAGCGGCAACGGAGCGGCACAAAAAGCCAAAGGCAAAGCGGCUAAAGCAGCAGCGACAGCAAAUGCAACCAACACAGCCACAGCCACAAAAGCAACAAAAGCAAAUACAACAGAAAUCAAAUGAACUCAAAUUAAAUGUAAAUGUAAUUUUUAUGCUAAUUAUUUUUAUUUAAACGAAAGUUUUUUUGCGAGGGGUAAAACGCAGCAGCAAGAACAAAAACAAAGACACAAAUUUCAUACGACAACAGAGAAAAGAAAAGCUAAAAAUUAACGAUAUUUUUUAUGAAACUAAAUGAAAUUAAAAUCAAAUGAAAUGAAAUGCGUAAAGGCAACAAGAGAAUUAUGAUUAAUAUAAAUAAUUCGAAAAGGCAACAGGCAUAAUAUACAUAAAUACAUACAUAUAUACAUAUAAAAGCUAUGCCCGUGUACAUAUUUACUGUGCGUACAUAAAUAUGUAUUUACAAAGCAGCAACCGCAACACACAAAACGUAUGGGAAAAAAAAAACAAAAACAUUUAACUGUGCGAAGAAGAAAAAACAUUAUAUAUAACUGUCGGACAAACCUCGAAAGACAAGUCAAGAAUACAAAAUUAAUUACACAUUCAAAAAGCGCGAAAAUGUGUGUUUGUACAAAAAAAAAAAAUAAAAACUCAAAUAAAAUAAACAUGAAAAACUGUGCGAAUUAAUUAAGCGUCAUUCACAAGAAGAGCGGAAACAGCAAAGCAUUUAAAUUGUAUUUAACUGUAACGAAGGCUAACAGUUUAAUUAAAGCCGUCAAAAUUGCAUUUGUAAACUAGCAAAGAACCACGAAAAUCUAAAACCACAAAAAGAAUGGAUUCCAAGGGAGAGUUUCUAAUUUGUUGUUCUGUAUGAAAUGUUUUAAUGUUCUUUUAAUGUCGCUUUGGUUUUAAUUCGAUCCAUCCUCUCUUUGAGCGAAACAACUAACUUUUAUAUAUCACAUAUUUUGAUUAUCUUAGGUACAAUUUUCUAUUGUCAGUUUUGAUUAGUAUUAGGUUAAAAGCUUUAUGUUUUAGCAAGCUGGUAGCGAGCCCGCCACUGAUUAUGUUUAAUGUUAUCUGACAUGUAUAUGACGAUAUGUAUGUAUCUCCCCAAAUCUAAAUCUAAAUAUAAAUCUGAAUAGAAAUGUAUUUUUAUGUACGUA